CGAGCCUAGCCCUUCUGCUCGGACUCCACAGACCGACGCGAUGGCUUCGGAAGUGGUGUGCGGGCUCAUCUUCAGGCUGCUGCUCCCCAUCUGCCUGGCAGUAGCGUGUGCAUUCCGAUACAAUGGGCUGUCCUUUGUCUACCUCAUCUACCUCUUGCUCAUCCCUCUGUUCUCAGAACCAACAAAAGCGACGAUGCAAGGACAUACGGGACGGUUAUUAAAGUCUCUGUGCUUCACCAGUCUUUCCUUCCUGUUGCUGCACAUCAUUUUUCACAUCACGUUGGCUAGCCUUGAAGCUCAACACCGUAUUGCACCUGGUUACAACUCAUAA